AUGCCGAUGGCGUCAAAGCGUUAUAUAUACGGAUAUCAAGAGACGCGUUUAACAGGCUACAGUAGGGUGUAUCUUGUUAUAAGGCCCUUAGUUCUUGGUCUGAGCCUCCCAAGAUGGGGUUCACUUCAAGACAACUGCCAAAGGUGCAUAGGGUAUAUUAACGCUAAAAUGAAUCAAGUCAGUUGUACAGUACUUCGUAUGUAUAGUACUUUCGACCAAUCAGAUCUAGGCUGGACGCCGAACGGGCAAGCAUCCCCGAGCUUUUGUCCAAUCUUGCGCGCGGUAGGCUUCUCGGCCGUAGCGGCACCUGACUGUGAGCGAAUCUCCAGCAUCUAUAGUAGUACAUUCGUCGCAGAUAGUAACCUAUUCGAAGACCCACGUUUGUGGAGCAACAGCAGGAUUUUGAAUCGGUUCACUGACUUGACUAUUCUACCUUUCAUGGUGGUGGACAUGUUGGGUCGGAAACUGCGAAAGAAACGCUCGUAUCUGUUUCAACCUACAAUUUCAGACUAUCACUUAGGAGUUAUGAAGAUGACCGGAGAUGUGGAAGCACUCAACAUUCGUUUGAACUAUUUGACUCGAUACAUCCAGCAUCAGCGGACCGAAAUCAAGGAACUGGAAAAACGUGUUCAUGCACUGGAACAGCAACAGAAGCAAGCUCGCCAGUCGAACAGCGAAUCCCGUUCCGCAUUUUUGGACUCAUCGGUUGAGUACUCUUCUGUCUCGUCUCAACGUCAUCGUCGCCGUUCGCCUAAGAAGCCGGUGGUACGCCAGAAGCCUGUCAGGUCCCGAACGUCUCCGAGCAUCAAACCCGCCAAACGCAAACGCCGGCACAGUGUGAUUCCAUCGGCUCUGCGAAUUAAAAGAAGUAGCCUUCCAGUGUGCAGUUACGCAGUCAAAGGCGGAAGAGCCACCGACUGCGUUAUUGAGCCUUGUCUGUUAGCUUCAUUCACCCGUGAUUAG